UCCUAAGAGGUAGGUCUCCCACGACUUCACGAUCGAGUGAACCGUCGACAACAGCCAUGACACCACAUUAUUACUUGUUUACCUACUUGUUUAUUUUCUACUUUGUUUACACAUCUAUUUUUCUUUCUUUCUUCCUUCCUUCAUCAUCUUCUACUCCAUCUCGUAGAUGAUAAUUCCACCACUCACAUCACUUCCCUUUUCAUCCCCUUUGAAGACCAAAUAUCACCGCAACCAUGAAUCCUCGAAGCGCUCUUGCGAACACCCCUCUCGAGGGUUCAUUUAUUCGAGAUUGUGCACUGACAUUCAAAAAGGAUGUUGAACAAAUCAACUUCAGAGUUGAGAUGUUGGAGCUCACUUCGAACUACCCUGCAAAAUUUGCCCGUGGCACCAGUAUUGAGACAAAGCACAAUGUUUGGCUUCGCGGCCUCGAUGCAUUCGUCUGCGAGUUCGAAGCGUAUCGAACUGCUGGAAGAUUGGAGGAGUUCAAGAGCACCAGAUUGGUCCCCGAAAAAGCGUCUAUUUCUGAUGAAGACUUGAUGAGAGCCAUGGCUGAGCUUGCUCAGAGUCGCGCAUUUUUCAUCAACUACAUGCUCGGUAAACGUGUGAUCCCUAUUAUUCAGCAACUUUACUUCAACAGAAACCCCGUCGAGAAUCUGCAAGAGCGAAUAAAUCGGCAAUAUCGUGACCGAAACAACUAUGGCAAGAAGGUGGUCGCGGACUUUUGGGGUUCCCAGCAUUCGGGAAAUCCGCUGCCAUCACACAGGCUGUCAUCAUCCGGCGGAAUCUCUGCGUGGAAGAACUGGGCUCACCCCGUCGAUGUCAAGCUAGCCGCGCUGGCCCCUCGCGCGCAUGUCAAGGAUGACAAGCGUAAAUGGACAGCUAGAGAGAUGCAAGGUCUGUUUUAGAACGACGGACCUCCUCCGAAGCUUUAUCCAACAGGAAAAGAGAUUCCUGUUAUUCCGACUAUUCCAGAUGAUCAAGUCAUUCUGGCGCCUCCGGUACUUCCGCCGGCCCCAGCUAUUCCAGUACCAGUUUCUCCCGACACGGUUAACUCACCACCCGCGUCCCCUGCCCAGUCAGAU